AUGGCAACUGGAAGAAAAGGCUCUACGUCCAAAGCGGCUGGCGUGCAUUUCCCUGACGAUAACGGGCCCCCUGAUUCUCCAACACGCAGAGAUGACCAGUCAAACAUCUCCACUCUCAUUGCUACUCAAGAAAAGGAUGGCAGCUACCUGGUCAAGGCUGGUUUCCUGAAGAGCCACCACUGUUAUGAGAUUGUCUUCAGCGUUCCAGAUGUACCCACACUGGGCAAAGAACUCCUCUGUCUCCCCAACUCUUCUCCGACCCGGAAGUCCUCCAGUCUCCGUGUCCAUCACAUCAACUCCUCACUGGAGGGUAAGUUAAAGGUAACAUGUGAGUACAGGACUCACCAGGAGGGGGUGCUGCAGGAAGAGGUCAAUCUGGUUACCAGAGGGAGAAAAGCCUGCAGUCUGAAGGUCAGACUCCAGGCCAGAGUCAUCGACCCACAUCAUGGGACUCCCAUGCUGCUGGAGGGGGUGAGGUGCCUGGGUGCUCAGAGAGAAGCCCACACAAAACACAGCAGUGAUCGUAAGAGGAUAUGA